AUGAAGCCUAAUUUCACUUUACUUGUGGCGGGGGUGAGGGGUGAGGGGCGGACCCGAGGUUGCUGCCCUGCAGCGCCUCCCUUCAACGCGUCCCGGGCAGAGAAGUGGCGGCAGCCCCCGCCGCCUCCUAGCCUUCGGGCGGGGACCCGGUCGCUCCAGUGUCGCACGGCGAGUCCCGGGCACCCAGCUCUGAGUACCUCCCACCCUCGGGGCUCGCUCCGGGAUCCUGCUCCAAACGUGAUCAUCGUCCCCUCGUCUCUUCCUCCUCGUGGCUUGCCACUCCAGGUCAGCUCUAGCAAGACUCCCCAGCUGCCUCCACUAAGGUUCACCCGAACCCCCUCCCGAAACUCUCAGGAAGGCAGGCGCCGAAGUCUCCCUCCCGAUCUGUCCCUAGAGAAGUAUGCGGGGAGGGACAAAACGGAUUUGGGACGUGCGCCCGAGCACCGGACAGCCCGAGCUCCCCGCCCCGCAACUUGCACGAAUUCUUGCCUCUCCUCCCUCCGAGGCGCCCCGACCUCCGGCUGCCCUAAGAGGCUCGGCAGUCUCCAGGACGUUCAGCGGUCUCCCCCGGGCCACACUUGCCCUCUCCCAGCCCCAUUCCCAGCAGAGCCCGGGGUCCGAGCCCCAGGCAUCCCCGCUGCCCCCAUCCGGCACCCAGGCCGGGCCUCGGGGGUGGGCGGCCGCGUCCUCCGGCCGGGGGCAUUGUUUACCACCCGCAACAAAAGCGCCCCGAGCAGCCCGGGGUGGGGGAUCGCGGCGGGGAGCUGGCCCACCCCGGCGGCCGCAGGAGAGCCGCAGCCACCGAGCCCCCGCCACGUCCAGCCCACGCUGGAGGCCGCCUGGGCACUCCCCUCCGGCCUGGGCGUCCGAGUCCCCGCUGCCCCCAUCCCUGCCCUCUGCCCCGGCCCCACCUCACCCCUGGCCGGCUCCGGCUCCCAGGGCAGCGCGCGAUCCCCGGCUCCAAGCCUGCACCAGCCCUCGAGCAAACUUCCCAACUCACUCCUGUCCUACAACUUUGGAGCUCGGGGCACCGGCAGGCGCGGCUGGUGCGGGCGGGCCCGGGCAGACACCUACCGGCUCCUGGAACGGUCAGGGCCCGAGCCCCCAGGGUGGGCGGCUGCUUUCCAAAGGUCCACGGUGGAGAGGCAGGUAAAGCUGCAUGACUGGGGCGGGGCACGGGGGGCGUCCCGGGGGGCAGACCCGGGAGCAGAGGGGCCAGUGGCUGCGCGCACAAAGCGGCGCCGGAGAGGACUUCGCGGCCACUCCCCGCCAGGUCAGCCCCCCGGAGCCGCAGUGUCUCCCCAGGACAGACCUCAGGGAGUGAAGCUGGGGCUCAGCCUUCGCUGGACCCUGCACCGCUGA